GAUUAUUCUAAUCCUAUCAACUAUCAAGCAACCCCUCCCUCCCUCGUAAUAUACGCAGAGAGCUUGAUAGUGUCCCAAAUCUCUCUCUCCCUAUCUACCAUUUCUUUAUUCAUUUCUUUCUUUCGCGGGCUUUGUCCAUCCCGUUUUGCCAAAAACGUUAUCUUUAACACAGACACAAACACUAACACAUUCAAAAGGCUCAGACCUCAGAAGCUCCCAACUCUCCCGGAAUGGCUUCGAUCAACCUCCACCAUUUCUCUCCGCUGCUUCCUUCCCGUUUACAAGGGCAGAGUGGUGUGUAUUGUAGUGCAAAACCGUUUAUUGCAAAUGGGUACCCUUUUGAUUUUGAUUUGGCAAAUGUUACAAAAAGAUUGAGCUUGAGUUUCAAGGGUGAUAGUAGAGUGAUUAGAGCUUCAGUAAUACCUGGAGGGCAUGACAGUUUUGUGAAUAAAGAGUUGGGUGGGAUUGAAACACAGAGUGAUGAAAUUGGUUUUGGAACACUAUCAGCAGAGAUCAAACCAGCAACUAGUGGUUUCUUUCACAAUGAUGAGUAUGAUCUGGACCGUCCCACAGAUGGGUUUGCCUCUAUUUUGGACGCUAUUGAGGAUAUUAGGAAAGGCAAGAUGGUAAUUGUUGUGGACGAUGAAGAUAGAGAAAACGAAGGAGAUCUUAUAAUGGCAGCAUCAAAAGUGACACCGGAGGCUAUGGCGUUUAUUGUCAAGCAUGGAACUGGCAUUGUUUGUGUGAGCAUGAAAGGGGAGGACUUGGAGAGGUUGCAACUUCCAUUGAUGGUGACGCAGAAGGAGAAUGAAGAAAAGCUUUCUACAGCAUUUACUGUGUCAGUGGAUGCAAAAUACGGUACAACAACUGGUGUCUCAGCUCGCGAUAGGGCAGCCACAAUAUUGGCUCUUGCAUCAAGACAUUCUAAACCUGAAGAUUUCAAUCGCCCAGGCCAUAUUUUCCCUCUGAAGUACAGGGAGGGAGGGGUCUUGAAAAGAGCUGGACACACAGAAGCUUCUGUUGAUCUUUCUAUUUUGGCUGGGUUUGAUCCUGUUGCUGUGUUAUGUGAGAUUGUGGAUGAUGAUGGUUCAAUGGCUAGAUUACCAAAGCUUCGCCAGUUUGCAGAGGCAGAAAACUUGAAAAUUAUUUCCAUUGCUGAUUUAAUCAGGUAUAGGAGGAAAAGAGAUAAGUUGGUGGAGCAGGCUGCUGUUGCACCAAUACCCACAAUGUGGGGGCCAUUCAAAGCCUACUGUUAUAGGUCAUUGCUGGAUGGGAUGGAGCACAUUGCGAUGGUUAAAGGCGAGAUUGGGGAUGGGCAAGAUAUUCUUGUGAGAGUACAUUCCGAGUGUCUCACUGGAGACAUAUUUGGAUCAGCCAGAUGUGACUGUGGAAACCAGUUAGCACUAGCAAUGAAGCAAAUUGAGGCAACAGGUAGGGGUGUAUUGGUGUAUCUCCGUGGACAUGAAGGUAGAGGAAUUGGUCUUGGCCACAAGCUUCGUGCUUACAACCUUCAGGAUGAUGGGCGUGAUACAGUUGAAGCAAAUGAGGAGUUGGGGUUGCCCGUUGAUUCUCGGGAAUAUGGCCUUGGUGCACAGAUACUUCGCGAUAUAGGUGUCCGGACAAUGAGGCUAAUGACAAACAAUCCUGCCAAGUACAUUGGUCUUAAAGGUUAUGGUUUAGCAAUUGCAGGCAGGGUCCCAUUGUUGACACCAAUAACUAUGGAGAACAAGAGGUAUUUGGAGACCAAACGUGAGAAAAUGGGGCAUAUCUAUGGUUUGGAAAACAAUGGUCAUAUAAAUGGGAAUGGCAUUAUUGGAGAAAAUGGCAAUUUGAGCGAUGACAGACCACUGGGUGCUUCAUCUGAGACAUAGGAAGGUCCAGUCUAUUGGUGUGUGAUUUAAGUUGACAACUCUAGCUUAUCUAUUGAUUCUAUUCUAGUGGUAGAGAACAUGUCACACUCAUGACUUGUAGUGCUAGAUACAAAGUUCCAAUUACCAUGAUAAGAAAUGCGUUCCUGCUUAAAAUUUUCAUUAGGUGCGUAUCUUCUAAUCUUUUCUUGUAUAAGUGUGGUUAAAAGAUACAGACUUUUUCUUUUCUUAUACACAUUUUUUUUAUUUGCUUA